UAAUUAAAAAACUUAUAUUAAGUCCUGAGCAACCACCAACAUAUCUUGUUAACGGUCCUCAUGGUAAGUUGGGAGUAUCACGUUGUGCAUAUACUAGAAAGCAACUCCAAGUAGUUCCAGAUAACGAGAAUCCCCCUCCAGAUUCAGUUAUUCGUAGUAAACAAUAUAAAUUCAUUCCUGAAAAAAUACUUAAGCAACGAAUUUACAAAGGUAAAAAACAAUACCUAGUUAAAUGGUGUCGUUAUCCUGAGAGUGAAUCAACUUGGGAACCAGCAAAUAGAUUUAAAGAGGAUGCACCUAAUCUCGUAAAUGAAUUUCUUGGAGUAAAAAAAUAA